CGGUACUGGAUGAUGGCGUGGUACCUGGAGAUGGAGGGAUGCUCCAGAGGGACGUCACACACAGGCAGACGUCCAACCACGAUGUAGCUUUUAUCUGUCAGGGGCACCGUGUCCACUAUGGUGCCGUUUUUAAGGAUUUCCAGAGCAUAGGGGGUAUCUGGAGCCGUGCCACCCCAUAGUGGCUCUGUAUAUGGGAUAGGGGGGAAUUUACCAACGGGGGGGGCUUUAGCAGGUAGCACCCUGGGCUUCGCUUCUGUCUUUGGUUUGACAGGAGCCACGCUCUUGUCUUUAGCGCAUUUCUUCUCCUCUUCUAAGACUUUUUCGAUUAAAUUUCCAGUUUUGAUCUUGCCAGCUUUGAUCACCCAUCAUGAUGCGUUACUGGGGCGAGAUCCCCGGUCCUGCGGGGGCUCCUCCAAGCCGCAGCUCCUUCGACCUGCUCCAGCGUGAGUUCCGCUCAGUGGAGAUGCAGGAUCCCCCGCUGCACCAGCCCUCCGCCCAGCGCCCUCGCCCCACCACGAUGCUUGACAUCCCCUCAGAGCCCUGCAGCCUCACCAUCCAUACCGUGCAGCUGUGUCAGCACACCCGCCGCCUUCGGGGCCUCUUGUCAGCAGCCCAGGCCCAGGCUCAGGGUCAGAGCUCAGCAACCUCUGAGGGCGGCAGUAAGCUGGAGGAGGCUGACACCAACCUUCCCCUUCGGCCUCCCACCCCCCCUAACAUGCCUGAUGACCUACUACCUGCGGACAGCAAAGCCCCGCGGCAGCCCUUCCUGCUCCGACACAGUGACCCUGAAAGUGACUUCUACAAGGGUAAAGGCGAGCCGGUCACAGAGCUCAGCUGGCCAUCCUGCAGGCCACUCCUCUAUCAGUCCGUGGCCACCAUCUUGGCCCACGCCGGCUUCGAGUCAGCCCAGGAGAGUGUGCUGGAGACCCUCACCGACCUGGUCCAUGAGCAUUACCUGCUCCUCUCCAGGAAGCUGCGGGUGGCAGUGGACCGGGAGGCACGGCUGGGGGCCAGUCCCUUCCCAGACGUGGUGGAGCAGGUGUUCCACGAGGUGGGCAUCGGCAGCGUGCUGGCCCUGCAGCGCUUCUGGCAAGUGCGGAUCAAAGACUACCACAGCUACAUGCUGCAGGUGAGCAAAGAUCUGUCGGAGGAAUAUGAACGCCUGGUGAACCCGGAGAAGGCCCUGGAGGACUCCAAGCCCCCGAGGAUCAAGGAGGAGCCAAUGAGUGACAUCUCCUUCCCUAUUAGCGAGGAGCCCGAGGCCGAUUUAGCCUCCGGGGACCAGGCGCUGCCCAUGGGGGUCCUGGGGCCCCACGGCGAGAGGCUGGCUUCAGGCCUGGAGGCUGACCAUUCUCCUCACGCAUCAGGUGGGGGCGGGGCACACAACUCCCCACUGUGGCCUCAGGUCAAGAUGGAGCCGCAGGAUUCCGAGGAGGGCCAGGGGUCCGGACAUCACCACCACCACCACCACCAUCAUCACGGUGUCCUGGGUGGAGAUGUGUUCGAGGAGGGCGGGCCCAUGUCCACCAUGAGCGAGACAGGAGGAGCCAUGGCGCCCACUCCUGGAGGCGCGGCAUCGGACGCUAGCUACCCUUCGCAUUCCCCUGACUCCUUGAUGAGCACUUCGCCCGUUUUCAACCAGAGACCAAAGAAACGGGCCAAGAAGAUGUGAACUGUGAACCCACCACCAAGUCUUUCACGCAUAUUUGAUGAAAAAUAAUAUUUUUUAGGACUCGCCGUUAGCUGUUGAAAUAAUGCCUGCUACAUGACAUGAGAUGAUAAUGAACAAACUGAAGUAAUGUUGACAUUUCUUUUUCUUUUUUCAUCUGUAUUGUAGUAUGUAUUAGGACUGGGCCCAUUUGAGUAUAUCAAAUAUCACAAUAGUUUUCGCCAAAAGCCUUCAAUAUCUAUUUUGUGACGAUAUUGUAUAACUAUUGGUGCUUUGAUAAAAUAUCUGAUAUUUUUGAUAAAUAAUCUUCAGUAAUGUCAAUAUGUUGAUAUGAUAUUAAAGAAGCCCUAUUAUCCUCCCCCACCCCCUGCCUGAAA